GAGCAAGCCCACCCCAAACACCUCCAGCUGCCCAAACAGAAGACGCAGGAGGAGUAGAGGGCUCGGACAUGGGGAGAAAUCAGCACUGGCCCGUCUGAUAGAGAUCGGUGUUUUUUAUUUAUUAAAAAAAAAGGAGGAAAAAAAACCCGAGAGGCCUUAGGAGAGAGAGAGAGAGGCACAGAGAGAGGGGGAAAAUAAAAACGAAUACGGAGAGAAACCCAUCCCUGGCACAAAGCUGGACAUAAAUCAAUGGACUGAAUGAAGACUGCCUAUAACGCCUAUCGAUGCCUGGCCAAGGAUUUGGAUGCGUACGCCAUGAACCCAGAGAUGACAAUGGACAUUGGCAGCCUAAGCCAUGAGCAGGACUUGAUGAGCAGCCACAGCCCCCAUCACAACCGCAAUCCGGGGGCUUCCUUGCGGAUACACCAGGAUCUGACCGUGGCGCCGUCGCGCUCCGCGAUGGUCUCCAGCAUGGCUUCGAUUCUGGACGGCGGCGGCGGCGGGGGCGCAGGGGGAGAGUACCGUCCCGAGCUUUCGCUGCCGCUCCAUCACGCCAUGAGCAUGCCCUGCGACACCUCCCCGUCCGGGAUGAGCGGCACCUACACCACCCUGACCCCUCUGCAGCCCCUGCCGCCGAUCUCCACCGUGUCCGACAAAUUCCACCAUCCGCACCAUCACCACCAUCACCACCACCAGCGUUUCUCUGGGAACGUGAGCGGCAGCUUCACCCUCAUGCGGGACGAGAGGACUCUACCAGCCAUGAACAACCUCUACAGCCCCUACCACAAAGACAUGAGCGGGAUGGGGCAGAGCUUGUCCCCUCUGGGCAACGGCUUGGGCUCCAUCCACAACGCGCAGCAGACGCUUCACAACUACGGCGCGCACAGCCACGACAAGAUGCUGAGCUCCAACUUCGACGCGCACACUGCCAUGCUGGCCAGAAGUGACCAGCACCUCUCCAGAGGCCUCGGUGGCCCCGCGGCGGGCAUGAUCCCGCCGCACCUCAACGGGAUGCACGGGCAUCCGGGCCACCCUCAAUCCCACGGGCCCGUGUUGGCUUCCAACCGGGACAGACCGCUCUCCUCCUCCUCCUCCUCCGGAGCGCCGGGCUCCGGCUCGGGCCAGCUGGAAGAGAUCAACACCAAGGAAGUGGCGCAGCGCAUCACGGCCGAGCUCAAGCGCUACAGCAUCCCGCAGGCCAUCUUCGCGCAGCGGGUGCUGUGCCGCUCGCAGGGCACGCUCUCCGACCUGCUGCGGAACCCCAAACCCUGGAGUAAACUCAAGUCCGGCCGCGAAACGUUUCGCCGCAUGUGGAAGUGGUUACAGGAGCCCGAGUUUCAGAGGAUGUCGGCCCUUCGGCUUGCAGGUAAGACAAGGUAUCUGCUUUCGAACAUCUUCUGUGACGAUGUUUUUGGGGGCUUUGUGGCGUAAAACGUUUCAGCGAACGCGCUUUUCUUUGACUUGGAACGUCCGGAGCGAAACAGUGUAUCGUUUUUAGUUUUGCCGUUCUUUAUUUACUUUUGAAAUGUUGCAAGUGCGCACGCUUUUGGAAGAGUCUCUUUUCUCUCUCUCUCUCUCUCUCUCUCUCUCUCAGUCAAAGAAAAGCUUUCAGAGAGGUGCUGAAUAGGGAUGUGUUGGUAAUUACUGGACUGUUAUUCCCCUCCUGCCCCUCUACAUCAGGCGUGUUGCCCCCUCUAGCGAUGGGCGGUGCAGGACCCCCUUUUCCUUUGUUCGGAUGAAGAAAAAGCAAGACCAGAAUUCUGUAGUUUGGCGUGCGAGGUGUCAGAGACGGUGUUGUGUUGUUGAAGAGCAUCCUAUCAGUG